AUGAGCGCGGAACGACUUCUGCUGUGUCCAGAACGGCCAAAAUGGACUGCACCGCUGGGGGCCGGGGUUGAUGGAAGCCAAGGACAAUCCUUGCUGAGUGCUUUGCGCUGUCUCCUGCCUCAAGAUCCGGUGAUGAUGGCGGGUGAAAGCAAUGCCUUAGACGAGGUGGACGGUUUCUCUUUAUUGGAAGUUCCGCAGGAUGCUGAGGAGGAGCUUCAGGAGGAGGAGGAGGAGGCACCGAAGGCGGGCUGGUGGAAGUGGUGGUUAAUCCAUGCCAUCUCCUUUCCACAGGAGAAAGAUGCUGGGGAGAGACAUCCAGAUGUGCGGGACGAAGCUGAGCUGGAUGUGACGCUUGAGACGACAGAUGGCAGCUGUUUGCCAGCUCGAAAUGUGACCGGAUAUGUCUUCACCGAAAUCUCCCUGCAUUUGGGGAAUUUCAGUGUUUUGGCCAAAUGCUCGGAACCAUCCUACACUGGAGAAGCGGAGGUCCUACCCUGCAAGGCUCAUCUGCAGGUGUGGCGAUGCGACGUCGACGUGGCAAUGGUUGUGGUGGGCUACCAGCUGCGGGGGUGCGUGGACACCCGCUGCAGUCCGGCAGAAGACCUUGAGGGCUAUGUCAUCACAGAGGGCUCCUUGGUCUACAAUGACUUCGAUGUCAGCGCUGCUUGCGCCGCAGGCUUUCAGGGCGAGGCCAAAGUCGGAUGCUGCCAACGCCCAGGUGCCCCAUACCAGCUCUAUGGCUGCGCCGCGAUAGCGAUAUCGCCAUGUGGAAAUUGGAGUGUUGAGAAGGUUGAGGCUUUCCUGCUUGGGCUACAAAGCUUAGCCAAGGACCUCACGAAGCAUUUCCAGCUGAUUGCGUCACUGUCCAAUGUCUCCGCCCUGCCCUGGACGCCUGCCGCGCAGCGCGCGGCCAUGAAGGCGGAGUACCAACGAAGGCAGAGUGCCUUGGAGGUGCUUCGGCGCCUGGGUGCAUUUGUGGCGCGGCUGGACCCGCGCAGCGCGGAGGAGGAGUUCCAAGGCAUUGCGGAAGAGGCGGAGAAGACCUUGGAGCAGAUGAAGGAGGAGCCCCCAGGGCCAGCCGCAGCGACUGACAGGGACUUGGGGCGAAGUUUGCAGCUGAGCUGCGACUUGGUUGGCAUCCAGCGAGCCAAUGAGCGCUUCGAUGAAGCAUCUUGGAUUCAAGGGAUCUAA